AUGCCGCACACCGACAACGCACCGCUCCUGUUUGCGGAGCCGCCGCACCCGGUCGACGACAACGCCGAUUGCAGUAACGACGAACAGAUUGACCCCAAUGACCCGCACCUGGGCCUCAUGCCAGACUCUCUCUCCUGCACCCUGGCUACACCAGCCGGGAUGCAGGAGUCCGAGGACGUCUAUGACGGCUCAAUGCCGUCGACAUCCGCCGCCAGCACUACGAUGACGGCGCUGGGUUGUGCGGCAGCACCGACGCUUCAGGCUUCCUUUACUCCUGGUGCGAGCACAUCCAUCACACCUGCGCCCGUCGAGGCGCACAGCGCAAGUGGCACACUCCCGUUCCUGCAGCACCGCUGGGUUGGCAACUACGACAGCGGCAGCCGGCGCUUGUCAUUCCGCGGCGCCGAUCGCAGCACCACUGCUAGCGGCUAUGGGCUGCGACUCGUCGGCGAUGAUGUGGAGUGGCUACAGGGAAGCUUUGAAGACAGUACUACCUCUCCACGCGAGGAGGUGCAGCCGUCGUGGCAGCACCUGCAGCACCAAAAACCCACGGACAAGAGCAACACCGCUCGAGCGAUGCCGCCAACUCUCAGCGAUGCUGGGGCGAGUGCUGUUCGGAAGAAGGUGCCUGAGGCUCACUACCAUUUUGAGCGCGCUGUGCAGUCGCAGCCGCAGCGGCAGACCGCUUAUCAGAGCACAGAUGAGGAGGACAGCCAGGCAGCGGCCAUGCUGUGGGCGGCUCAACAGAUGGCCGCACUGGAAUAA